ACAUUUAUUCGGCGGCAUAGGUACUAAUAUAUAUGUGUAUUUUUUGUAAAUUAAAAAUAAAUACCAAAAAAAAUUCUAAAUAAUUUUCGACUAUUGUCAAAAUAAAAGUUUAUUUAUUAUUUAAAAAAAAUUAAAAUACUAAUUACGUUAUAUUUAUUCGAUACGGUUAUUUUCCAACCAAUCACGUGUACAGUUGGUAUAUAUAUAUAGUGUUUUAAUGAGUGUUCAACAUGGCGGACGUAUCGAAUUAUAUAGAAGAAUAUGAUGAAGGGGGUCGAGAUAAUGGUGAUGGGGAUGAAAUGCUGGAAUCCAAUGUACAUUCGGUGGCAGGUGAUGAUAGUAACCUCAGACCAUUGGAACAACUUCAGAAAUGUGUCAUCUCUGAACACGCUUGGAAUCGACCGAUGGUGGGCGGCGUAUUGUUGCAGGUGAUGCGCGACUUUAGUGCCAACGGUGGCGCCUAUUUGAAAGAUUUACCUGCCAUCAUGAAUUUGGUUGAAGGAAUAUUAAACGCUGAUAUUUCAGCAACAUUAGUUAAAACAGAUUUAAUCGAACAAAUACCACAACUGGCUGUAGUAUGUAUGGAAUCAAACAUUCCUGAAAUGACGGAAACUGUUGAAAAGUAUUUACUGCCAUUAGUAGUCAAUUGUUUUAAAGAUACCGAUACUCAGGUUCGAAAAACAUCACAAGCCACACUAUUAGUAUUAAUGGAACAUAAUCUCGUAUCGAAACAUACGGUGGAAUUAAAAGUGUGUCCUACUGUUUUGGAAAUAUCCCGAGAUUAUGUCAAUUCAUCGGAAGAAUUAACGAAUGCUGAGGAUUAUGUUGCUGGUGCUAUAAAUUUUAUGUCAAAAUUGGCACCAUUAUUAGGCAAAGACGCAACGGAACGCUUAUUUUUAAAUCGAUUUUCGGAGUUAUGCUCGUAUGAUCGUUUCUCUGUUCGAAAAAUGUGUGCAGCCAGUAUUGGAGAAUUUUGUGCGGUUGUCGGUAGCGAAGCAUAUGAAAAAAUUCUUCUACCACGAUUUAUUGGAUUAUGUGAUGAUGAUAUUUGGGGUGUACGAAAAUAUUGCGCCGAAGUUAUAAUGUCAGUAUCGUGUGCAUGUCCACCUCAUUUGCGACGAACGGCACUAGCACCAGCAUUUGAACGAUUAUUAGAUGAUACAUCACGUUGGGUGCGGAUUUCUGCAUUUCAAAAUUUAGGACCAUUUAUUUCAACAUUCGCUAAUCCACGUAUCACUGGUCUUGCGUACAGUCAAACUGGUGAAUUAGUGAUAAUUAAUCCUAAGGGAACUGAAUUUAGGGAAAAUGAGGAACUAUCACCAAAUCAUAGUAGCGGUGGGGGUGAUAAAUCAUCUCCAAUGGAAAUUGAUGAAGAGGUGUCCGAAAUAGUUAUAAUUGAAAAUACGGAAAAAUCAACAGCACCAAGUCCAACAAUGAUCUUAGUCAACGGUGCUGACGAUCAAACGAAUAAUACAGUCGAGGAAUUGUCACCACCUCAACCUCCGGUGCCAUCUAUAGUUAUAAAUCAAGAAGAGAGUAAAGAAGAAUGGUUAAAACCGCGUAAUAAAAAUAAGGAACGUCGACGUAAUAAAAAAACGCAUAAAGAAUUAAUUCUUAAAAAAAAAUUAGUUCAAAUAAAUUUAGAUAGCGAGAAUGCGUUAACGAAUGAUGUAAACGCAUUAACGAAUGAUUUAUCUACGUUAAAUCUUAGUGAGACAACAAAUACAACAGAUAUAGUACCUAAUAUAAAUAGUCAAGAUGAGCAAGAUGAUAAUAAUAAGAGUGAAUCACCACCGCCUCCUCCAAGACCACCUAGUGAACCAGAACCGACUAGUGAUGAUAUUGAAAAAAUAAAUAAUUUUAGUGAUAAUGUAAAAAUUGAGAAUAUUGAUGAGUCUAGUAAUAAUUCAAGUGAUGAUCUAGAAAAAUAUAAUUCACACCAAUUUUGGUAUAUUAGUCCUGAAUUACCAUUAGAUAUGGACAUUGUAGAGGCUGGACGAAAAACUUCGACGUCGUUUACGCAAGAGUGUACAACUACGAAUGUUUUAGAUGAUCAUAAUAUAAUGCUAGAUUCGACAAUACCAAUGACAAUAACAUCAACUUCGUCGGAUAAUGAAAGUGUUGAUAGAGGAGUGAAACUGUACUCAGAAAUACUAAAACAUAACACAAGUAUACCAACCAUACGCCAUUUAGAAUCACCAAAACAGCAUAUUGUACCACAAUUAUUAAUCGAACAUUACACGUCAAUGACUGAUCCAGUAUUAGCAUCGUUAACGGAUGCUGAAUUAAGUUAUCAUUGUGCAUUUAGUUUCCCAGCGGUGGCAUUAACAUUGGGUAAAGAUCAUUGGGAUCUAUUACAUAAAACGUAUAUUACAUUAGCGGCUGAUAUACAAUGGAAAGUACGGCGUGCUGUUGCUGGUUCGUUACAUGAAGUUGCAACUAUCUUGGGCGAAAAAUUAGCAACUGAGCAUUUAGCACCAAUUUUUGAUGAUUUAAUUAAAGAUGUGGAUGUUGUUCGAAUUGGUGCUUUGAAACAUAUGGCGUACUUUUUUAAAAUUAUUGCACCUCACAGACGUAACCAAUAUUUACCACGUUUAGCCGAAUUUUUGGUUACCGAUUCUGCAUUAAAUUGGCGAUAUCGUUGUGAAUUAGCAAAUCAAUUAUUACUUUCAUUACCGUUAUGGACGGGUCGAGAUGUGGGUCGACAUAUUUUACCAUUAGCAAAAGAAUUAUUACAAGAUAAAGUAGCUGCAGUUCGAGCAGCUGCAGUUUUAUUGGUUUCUGAUUUAAUACAUCACGUGGAAUCGGAAUCGUUAAAUAAACGAGCAUUUCCAAACGUUGCACAAAUAUUUAAUGUACAUUUUGCACAUUCGAAAAGUUGGGUACGUCGACAAACGUUUGCUACAUUAUGUGCAAAAUUAGUUACACAAUAUGUUCUACCGCCUGAAACCUUUGCCAGAGAUGUAAUGCCUCAUUUUCUAGAUCUUAGUUGGGAUCCAGUAGCGAAUGUACGAUUAGCUGUUGCUAAAACAUUAGCUAAUAACAUUUUAAAAAAUGAAUAUUUUGCAGAUCCAAAUUGUAUACACAACGAACCAUUAUUAAAGGUGCUACGACGGCUACAAUCAGAUAAAGAUCGAGAUGUACGCCAAGCCGCUUCAACUAUUUUUUAAAUAUAUUUUUAUAUAAUAUAUUUAUUAUAUUUGUUUUUUUAACGAAAAUUGUCUUUUUACAUAAUUAUUAUUAUUAUUAAUUAGUCCCUUGUGUCUUCAAUCCAGACAUUUUGCCUUAUUUUUAUUUUU